AGGCCGGUUUUUAGUGACAGGAAACGGCUGUGGUUCUUUCUGCUACAUAUCUACAGACAGCAGCUCUGGGUUUAUACUGCACAUCAGAACAGGAAAUGAGGCCACACACUGAGGCCAGUAUCAGCAGCAGUAGGGGAAGGGGAAGGUGAUGUUAGUCACUCAGUCAGCCUCGGACAGACUUGGUCAACUGCACUUCAUGGCUCUCUGCUCCUCCUCCUCGGCUCUUCGGCUCUUCCUCUUGAUCCCUCUGCUCAUCUUUGGACUGUUGUCGUUGCUGCUGUUGACUCUUCACAGUGAGGAUGUUCACAAUGAACCAGGAUUCAUGUUUGGAAUCGUCCUGGACGCUGGAUCUUCACACACAGCUAUGUUUAUUUACAAGUGGAGAGCGGAUAAACAGAACGGCACCGGGGUCGUUACCCAGCACUUUGAAUGUCACGUAAAAGGCGGAGGGAUCUCCAGCUACGUAGACCAGCCGGGGGCAGCGGGGCGGAGCUUGGAGAUGUGUCUGGACCAGGCGUUGAAGGAAAUCCCCAAAGAGCGACACCAUGUGACACCGGUUUUUCUGGGGGCCACAGCAGGGAUGAGGCUUCUGCAGAUUUCCAAUCCGAAGAAAUCUAGUCAGAUUCUGCAGGAAGUGGGAGAUAAAAUCCAGUCAUACCCGUUCAACUUCAGUGGCACGUCCAUCCUGAGUGGUAGUGCGGAGGGGGCAUACGGCUGGGUCACUGUCAACUAUCUGUUAGAAAACUUCAUUAAAUAUGGUUUUGUGGGCCGUUGGUUCCGUGCUGGCAGACCCACAGUUGGAGCUCUUGAUAUGGGCGGUGCCUCCACUCAGAUCACAUUUGUGACUCAGGAGGAACUGGAGGACAAACAAGAAGGGAUGAAGCUGCAUCUGUACGGACAGGAGUAUUCUCUGUACACGCACAGCUUCCAGUGCUACGGGCGGGAGCAGGUUCUGUCCAGACUUCUUGCUCAUUUAGUCCAGUCUCAGGGCUUCCCAUCGUUGGUGGACCAUCCCUGUUACCCCUCAGACCUCAACAGGACCGUCAUCUUGGGCAGCCUAUUCAGUUCUCCCUGCACCAGCCACUACGUCCCAGACGUUUCUGAGCCACAGAGGUUGGUGAGGGUGAAAGGCAGUGGACGCUACGAUCUCUGUGUGGGGAACGUGUCUGAGAUCUUCUCCUUCCAAGACUGUCCUUUCUCCCACUGCUCCUUCAACAAAGUCUUUCAGCCCGGAGUCAGGGGCAGCUUCAUGGCCUUCUCUUCCUUCUUCUACACUCACACCUUCCUGCAGCGAGUCACUGGUUCCACAAUAACAACUUCAUCACAGCUGGGGGAGGCUGCGAAGUCCGUGUGCAACAUGGACCUCCACCAGUUGUUGCUUCUGGCUCCAGAUGAAAGGUCUCGUCUGCAGGACUACUGUUCCGUCUCCGUCUUUGUUCACAUUCUGUUGUCCAGGGGAUAUGGCUUUGAUGAGGAGACCUUUCCAAAAAUUUCCUUCCAGAAGAAGGCAGGUGACACCACAGUGGGCUGGGCUCUGGGCUACAUGCUGAGUCUGACUAACCUGCUGCCUGCAGAGACGGCAGAGGUGAGCAAAUCUCUGACUCCAGCCGUUUGGGGGACACUCGUCUUCUUCUGUGGACUCCUCAUCACGGCAGUCCUGAUCUUCAUCUUACUACGAGUUUGUGAGCAGAAGAACAAAAGCAACAAAGAAGGUGUUGUUUAGAUCAAACAGGAAGUGACCAAAAUGUCCUUAAAGAAAAAUAACGUCCUGUUGUCCAGAGGUCAAAGUCUUAGACCUUCACUGGACUGAAUGUCCAUGUUCUGGAGGCUGGGAGAAGAACAAAUUUAGUGAAAUAACCUGUAUUCUCCUUUCUUAUUCUUCUCGUUUAUUUCUUAUUCAUACAAAGAUUUAAAACCCUAUAAGAUCAGAGAACCUUUCGAACCCAAGAGGCAGUGAGCUUUAUAUAAAAAAAAACUGCAGUGCUGUCGCAGUGUCAGAAUGGUUUUCCUUCUAAAAGCUGUAGGUCAUUGGGUCAGUCACUCAAGGGGCCGGCAUUUCAAACAUGUUUUAUGGGAGAUGUAGUUUAUGUUUAUGAUCAUAGUGUUGAUUAGAAUUGGAAUUACAGAAUUAGAAAUGGGAAUUACUGACUACUCUUAUGUGAUACACACAUGGAAUAGGACCACUGUAUUACUGUGUAUACUCUACACUCUAGACUUUUAUUUAAAGACAACCAUAGAUAAAAUGAUAAAAUGACGUGAUGGACCGGAUUUGGCACACGGGCCAUGAGUUUCACAUAUUGACCUUUGAAAAGCUGUUUCCAAACUUUUUUGGCCCCUCAGUAUCCCAACCACGAUGACACACCCCCAAACAAAAACAAAAACCUGCAGCAAGCAGCAUGAUUAAUCAUCCUUUAAUGACCAGAACACACACACACACACACACACACACACACACACACAUAGCCUGAAUUUAUUUAUUAAAUAAAAUGUCAGCUUCUGAUUUAAAAUUUUACAAAGGAAAUGUUUAUUUACAAAACUUAUUUGUGUAAAAAAGUCACACUUAAAAAAACACUCCAAACCACCAUCACAUUUUUCAUCUCGUGCACCCCCUAGUGGCAUCUCACGCACAUCCAGGUGUGCCCACCACACUUUGGGAAUCCUUGCUUUUGAACGUCAAAUUCACAGAUGUUUCAUUCCUGAAGAUUAAAUGACUUCCAACAUGUCAAAUUGAUCCUGGAGACCAUCCUGGUGUCAGAAAGCUUCCAUCGCUUCAAAAAAGACAAAGACAGAAGAAGCUUCACAAAUGUCACAUCCAUGCCUCGGAUUUGAUUUUACUAAUGGAUUCAAAUGUCAACAUGUAGAUUCCGUCUGUCUUUUCCUUCUCUGGACUUCAUUCUACAUUUUUGAACAGUGUUCCUGUGACUGAAGUUUCCUAUUAAACUUGAAAGUCUCCACUCA